GGGUCCUCUUGGCUUGUAGAGCUGGUUUCUGUAAGGAAGGAAGCAGAAAAGGCAAGGAAACAGUCUCCGAGUCAGCGGCUGGGUUUGGAGGCCUCUCCCUUGUUUGCUGGGAGACGGCACGUGUCGAUUCCAAGUUUGUGCACCCAAGGAUCUCUAGCUGAAAAUGCAGCGCAAGAAAGUGGACAAUCGCAUCCGGAUACUGAUCGAGAAUGGAGUAGCUGCACGGCACAGGACACUUUUUGUUGUCGUAGGGGAUCGUAGCAAAGAUCAGGUAGUCAUACUUCAUCAUAUGUUGUCUAAAGCAGCUGUAAAGGCUAGACCAUCAGUAUUAUGGUGUUAUAAGAAAGAGCUGGGCUUCAGCAGCCACCGUAAAAAAAGAAUGAGGCAGUUGCAGAAGAAGAUUAAAACUGGAAUGUUAGAUCUGAAACAAGAUGACCCGUUUGAGUUGUUCAUAGCAGCCACAAACAUUCGGUACUGUUACUACAACGAGACACACAAAAUUCUUGGAAAUACUUUCGGCAUGUGCGUCCUCCAGGACUUUGAAGCUUUGACGCCCAAUUUGCUGGCUCGUACAGUUGAAACCGUGGAAGGCGGCGGCAUCGUGGCGAUUCUUCUGAGAACAAUGAACUCCCUGAAGCAGCUCUACACCAUGACCAUGGAUGUACACUCUCGCUACCGGACAGAAGCACAUCAGGAUGUGGUCGGCCGAUUCAAUGAAAGGUUCAUUCUUUCUCUGGCAUCUUGCAAAACCUGCAUGGUGGUUGACGAUCAGCUUAACAUCCUCCCGAUCUCUACCCAUGUAGCAGACAUUGCUGCUAUUCCACCCCGGUCUCAGGAGGAUAGUCUGAGUCCUCAGGACAUGGAGCUGAAGGAACUAAAGGAGAACCUCCAGGACACUCAGCCCGUAGGAGUGCUUGUGGAUGGUUGUAAAACCCUGGAUCAGGCCAAAGCUGUUUUGAAGUUCAUUGAAGCCAUUUCUGAGAAGACGCUGAGAAGCACUGUGGCUUUAACAGCUGCCCGAGGUCGUGGUAAAUCAGCUGCCUUGGGGUUGGCCAUAGCUGGAGCAGUGGCUUUUGGCUAUUCCAACAUUUUUGUCACAUCUCCCAGCCCAGAUAACCUUCACACCCUGUUUGAAUUUGUAUUUAAAGGCUUUGAUGCUCUGCAGUAUCAGGAACACUUGGAUUAUGAGAUUAUUCAGUCUCUCAACCCUGAAUUUAGCAAAGCAGUCGUCAGAGUGAAUGUGUUCAAAGAGCACAGGCAGACUAUCCAGUAUAUCCACCCUGCUGAUGCUGUGAAACUGGGGCAAGCUGAGCUUGUGGUGAUUGAUGAAGCUGCUGCUAUCCCGCUCCCACUGGUGAAAAACCUGUUAGGCCCUUACCUCGUCUUCAUGGCUUCUACAAUCAAUGGGUAUGAGGGUACUGGCCGUUCCCUCUCCCUGAAGCUGAUCCAACAGUUACGGCAACAGAGUGCACAAGCACAGGCCAGUAUGACAGCAGAGAACAAGGCGACGACAACGCUGAAACUGUCCUCAGCUCGCUCGCUGCAUGAAGUUUCCCUCCAGGAAUCCAUUAGGUAUGCCCCGGGAGAUCCAGUCGAAAAGUGGCUGAACGACUUGCUGUGUUUGGAUUGCCUCAACAUCACAAGGAUUAUAUCUGGCUGCCCACUGCCCGAAACCUGUGACCUAUACUACGUGAACAGGGACACCCUCUUCUGCUAUCACCGAGCAUCAGAGACUUUUCUUCAAAGGCUGAUGGCGCUGUACGUGGCUUCUCACUACAAGAACUCUCCCAAUGAUCUCCAGAUGCUUUCAGAUGCUCCUGCCCAUCACCUCUUCUGCCUUCUGCCACCCGUUGCACCUACCCAGAAUUCUUUGCCAGAAGUGCUUGCUGUCGUUCAGGUAUGUUUGGAGGGAGAGAUCGCCCGUCAGUCUAUUAUGAACAGUCUGUCGAGGGGGAAGAAAGCAUCGGGAGAUCUCAUUCCAUGGAGCGUCUCAGAGCAGUUCCAAGAUCCUGACUUUGGCAGUCUCUCUGGUGGGAGAGUUGUUCGCAUUGCGGUCCAUCCUGAUUAUCAAGGGAUGGGCUAUGGCAGCCGAGCUCUGCGUUUGCUGCAGAUGUACUAUGAAGGCAAGUUUCCUUGUUUGGAAGAAAAAGUGACUCAGAAGCCAAGAGAAAUUGCUACCGUGAGCAGUGAGGCGGUCAGUUUAUUAGAAGAAGCUGUGAUGCCUCGGAAGGAUUUGCCGCCUCUGCUUCUCAAACUGAGUGAGAGGCAAGCUGAGAAUCUGGACUAUCUUGGUGUGUCUUACGGUUUGACACCAAGGCUGCUCAAGUUUUGGAAACGAGCUGGAUUUGUACCAGUUUAUCUGAGGCAGACUCCUAAUGAUCUGACUGGGGAGCACUCAUGUAUCAUGCUGAAGACCUUGAAUGAAGAGGAAGAGAGUGUGCAGGAGAACUGGCUAAGUGCCUUCUGGAAAGAUUUCAGGAGGAGGUUUCUCUCCCUUUUGUCAUAUCAGUUCAGCACUUUCUCUCCUUCGUUAGCUUUGAACAUUUUGCAAAACAGGAAUAUCAAGCCGCCACCUCAACCCCCAAUCAGCCGUAAUGAAUUAGAAGCUGUUUUUAUCCCUUACGACCUGAAGAGGCUGGAGAUGUACUCAAGGAACAUGGUGGACUAUCACUUGAUUAUGGACAUGAUUCCAGCUAUCUCUAAGAUGUACUUUCUCAACCAGCUUGGAGAUAUGACCCUUUCUGCUACUCAGUCUGCUCUUCUUCUUGGGAUUGGUCUCCAGCACAAAUCUGUGGAUCAGUUGGAGAAAGAGAUAGAGCUGCCUAGUGGCCAACUGAUGGGCCUCUUCAACAGGUCUAUCCGCAAGGUGGUUCAGGUGUUCAACACUAUCCUGGAAAAGGCUGUGGAAGAGCAGAUGGCAGUAACCAAAGACGUUGUAAUGGAGCCAACUCUGAAAUCCUUAAAUGAGGAUUUGGAAGAAGCAGCAAAAGAAUUUCAGGAAAAACACAAACAAGAUGUUGGGAAGUUGAAAGAUCUGGACUUUUCACAGUAUGUUAUCCGAGGAGAUGAUGAAGAGUGGAAUGAAGUGUUGACCAAAGCAGGACAGAAUGCUUCCAUUGUCAGCCUCAAAAGUGACAAGAAGAGAAAAUCAGAAGCAAUCACAAUAGGAGCAAAACCGGAGAAGAAAUUUAAAAAGAAAAUCCCAAAGCAGAAGUGGAAGAAAUGAUCUCAAAAUCUGGGAUGUGGAGCACUUGUUUUGUGGGAACCUGAAGAGCAAAUCACUGUAGGCCACAAAGAAACCAUACAUUGAAGUGGGAAGACAUGAAGGUUUUUCCUCCCCUUCGUAUAGGGGCACCCUGAAGCUAAACAGUUCAGAAGGUCUUUUUUAUGUUAUUGCUGCCAGCUCAGCAUUUGUGUUACGCUAAAAGAACAGUAGAGCAGUAAACUGGAUUGUUACCAGGAAUUAUGACUCUUUACAGUUUAGCCUUAUAAAGCCUCUGUUUUGUGUGCCUCGGAGACCUAUAAAAAUCUUUCCUUUCUCUUUA